AUGGACGUUGCUGUUUCCUCCCCACUACUUGAAUCACUCUACAGCGAGUGUGUGCCUCUUAUCGACAUCAUGCAACGGCAUUUGCGUCGCUCCAACGGGGACCAUAGAAAUGGAGGCGAUGUUAUGAAUCGAUAUGAUGGUGAUGAAGAAAUUGCCUUUCUUUCUUCCGUUCAGGCGCCGUCCGAGUUGUGUUUGGCCCUCGCGUGUGUUUCAUGGCGUCGUGAGGCUGCAAGACGCAGCGAACGGGGUCCACUACUCGUCUUUGUCCCCUUCCAUGAGCCAAAGGACGAGGUGUUCGUGGAGGUUCCUGUGGCAGCCUUUGGCGACUCGAGGCGGCAGAGAGGCCUGCAGCUGCUGUCGCUGAACGAAUACUCAUCCCUAUUUGCAAACAUAAAGGAUGGACUUCCGCCGCGGAAGGGGUUUUUUGUCACAUUCCGCACACGUGAAGCGCAACAGCGCUUUCGAGAAGCAAUGAAUCAUCUCAUCCGUGCAUAUUCCCGCGGCGGUCCGCUAGAAGAUAGAAACAGGCUGCUGAGGGCGAUGGGGAGUUCCCCAAACGUCAGGGCGAACCACAAGGAGGGGAAAUUUUCAGAAAGAGGGGGGGAAAAUGUGCCAGAGGCAAUACAACCCUCGCAUGAUGCAGUUUUUAUGCCGAGGAGUUCAAGAGAGGCGAUUAGGGCGGCAUCAAUCAUUGACAGUCUUUUAGCGGAGCGUGAUCGACGCCGAGAGGAGUAUAUUUCAAGUAUUCACAGCUCCCCGCCGAGGAAUGGGCAAAAUCAUAAGGAUAUCCGGUUUAGUAAUAACCCGUCUGGCCAGCAGCAGAAAUUAAAUCGGGGUGUAUGGAGUAUGACUGCCGGAACUCCAGAGCGGCAAGUGGCAGAAGCCGGCCCACGUGUAGGAGAGCAUAACGGUACGAUGAUCACCCAAUCAGAGCCGUGGCAACAACGGAACGCGUAUUCGUUUUCCCAUAGCCUUCCUUCACGUGUGGAGCAGGAAGUACUUUUAAAUGAGUUGCGCAGUGCUUUAGAGACCUAUGAUAACAUGAAUAGUGCGCAGGGAUCCGGUGAAAUGAGUCUAAUGGAUGCAUCUCGUCGGUUUCUUCGCCAACAUCAGGAUUAUCUCCGGCAAAUUCAACAGGGCGACUGUGCGCCUGAUCAAUCGUCCUCAGCAGCCCGUCAAGAUUAUACAGAAAAUUCCCUACAUUUGGUGGCCGCAACGACACAGCGCCCAAUCACCAUGGAUGGAUCAUCUGACGAAGCGCCGCAGCCUCCCCGAGUUGUUAUUCCCCAGCAACAGCAGCAAUCUAUGCAGCAAACAACUCCAGUAACUCCAAAUCUUGUAAAAGAAGCAGCUGAGACGUCGGUGCAAAAGUUACCGGUUCCAUCGCAGCUGGAGAAGCCUACUCUGGAGCCCACUGAAGCACAGUCGGAACCACAGUGCCGUUUGCGGGAUGAACUACAAAGAGCACUUGAAAUAGAGUCUCGUAUCUUGUCUUCCGUGCACAAUAUGGCACCGAAGCCGUUGGCCGACAAGCGUAUUUUCGGCAGAGCUCCCAAGGCGUCGUUGCUUUCGUCCUCCUCACUGGGAAUAGAUGAGGAGGUGAAGAAAGAAGACGGCGGUGGCGGUAGUGAUGACAAAAAAUCUGGUAAUACCAAUUUGGCAUUUGAGACCUUCAAUGUGCAGCCAUCAUUGGCGCAGGUGGAGGUGCAAGGUGACGAUGCAAGCAGGAAACAGGAAGAGGGCGCAGCGAAGGAAGUCGAGGUAAAGGCACCUACAUGUGGAGCUGGGUGGAAAUCUGUGCGUGACCCCGCAAGUGGUAAGAGCUACUAUGUCCAUAUCGCGACAAAAAAGACCACAUGGAAGAUUGAGGAUACAUUCAAGGAUGUGUCACAGGAAGCGAGCGUGAAGGAAAUCCCAGCGUGCGGUGCCGAGUGGCGUGCGGUGACGGAUCCCAACAGCGGUCGCACAUACUAUGUCCACAGGAAAACCAAAGCCACGACGUGGAAGCUGGAGGACACGCUCAAAGAGAAUGGUGGGUCGUUUAGCGCGGAUUUGACGGACCUGCAGCAGAAAAAGGAGAAAAACGCGACGGAGUGGGCCGAACGGAAGGACCCCUCCACGGGUAAAGUCUACUAUUACAACAAGAAGACGAAGAAAACAACGUGGAAACGUUCUGAGACGGAUUUGGACCCCUUGUGA